AUGUCACUUGUGUUAUAAAUAAGCAAGCUUUUAGACCCAUGAUCAUUAAACAUCUCUCAAUUUGUUUAAUCCUCUGCAAGCCAAGCUCAAAUGUCUCCAUACAAUUUAGCCAUUUUCUUGCUCUUUCUAGCACCCUUCCUCUGGCUCAUCCAUGCUCUCAUCACACCCCUGCUGCCCUUCAAAUCCAGCCGUCGUAAAUUACCACCUGGACCCCGAGGCCUACCGAUAAUCGGAAGCUUAAACUUGCUAGGCAAGCUUCCUCACCGCUCCCUCAAUGACUUGGCCAAGAAGUAUGGUCCUAUAAUGUCCAUGAAGCUAGGAAAUGUCACAACAAUUGUUGUUUCCUCUCCUCAAAUCGCGGAAAAAAUUCUCAAGACUCAUGACCUUGUUUUCGCUAGCAGGCCUCAGAAUGAGGCCGGCAAGCAUGUUUCUUAUGGAAACAAAGGGAUUGCAUUCGGGGAGUAUGGACAUUAUUGGCGGAAUAUCAGAAAAUUGUGCACGUUGGAGCUUUUUAGCGCGAAAAAGAUUGAUUCAUUGGCCGAAAUGAGGAGGGAGGAGCUGGUCGUGAUGGUGAGUACUAUUAAAAAGGCUGCUUUGGCGCGACAAGUGGUGGAUGUCAGUGAUUUAGUUGGAGAUGGAAUUGAGAAAAUGACUUAUAGGAUGUUGUUCGGGAAGAAAGACGAUGAUCGGUUUGAUCUUAAGGGUACUAUGCAGGAAAUCAUGGAUCAAGCAGGGGCUUUUAAUAUUGCAGACUAUGUCCCCAUGCUUGGACCCCUCGACAUUCAGGGAUUGACUAGAAAAAUCAAGGAUAUGCGGAAAUCUAUGGACAAAAUCUUGGAUACCUUCAUCAGUGAGCAUGAGGAAGCUGCUAGCACCACUAGACCGGAGGGAUAUGAGCCAGAUUUCGUUGAUAUAUUGCUGUCGGUGUUGGAUAAACGCGAAGAAAAAAGAGGCGAUUUAAUAAGCCUAAUUGACCGGGAUAGCAUGAAAGCAAUCUUGGUAGAUAUGAUUGCAGCUGGUAUUGAUACUUCGCGUACUACAAUCGAGUGGAUCAUGGCAGAACUGCUUAAGCAUCCAAGGACAAUGAAAAAGCUCCAACAAGAAAUUAAGGAUGUCGUUGGAGAUGCUGAAAUCGUCGAGGAUAAAGAUUUGAGUAGGUUACCGUACUUAGAUAUGGUAAUUAAGGAAAGUUUUCGGUUACAUCCUACUGUUCCAUUGCUAAUUCCGCGCCAGUCCAUGGAUGAUAUUGUGAUUGAUGGAUACGACAUACCUAAGAAGUCGAGAAUUUUUAUAAAUUCUUGGGCUAUAGGACGAGAUCCUGCUGUAUGGUCUGACAAUGUUCUGGAAUUUGUUCCCGAGAGGUUUGCUGACAAGAAAAUAGACCUUAAAGGGCAUGAUUACGAGCUUCUGCCAUUCGGCUCUGGCCGGAGAGUCUGUCCAGGGAUGAAUUUAGGCCUGGUAAAGGUUCGACAAAUCGUGGCACAGCUGGUGCAUAGCUUUGAUUUCGAGUUGCCUAAUGGCAUGUCAGCCAGUGAUCUUGAUAUGGAUGAGAAAUUUGGGCUGGCAUUGCCUAGAGAAAAUCAUUUACUUCUGCUUCCUUCUCUUAGAGUAUGAAUUGAAACUUCUUCACUUGUUAGCUUAACUUCCAUCAAGUUGUGUUAUUUGUAUUUAUGCUUCUGUAUACUUUCUGAUAAUGUUGCCUUGUGUUCCAUUUAGCAGUCAUGUAAGGUUCACCAGUUUGGUAAAAGCAGUUUUUAGCAGCA